AUGGAUGAUGCUCUAUGUCAAAACUUUGAUGUUUUGAGGAUGCAUUUACCCGCUAAAUUAGGCGGAACCGAAAAAUGUGAACUUAAAAAUAUUAGUGAUUUCCAAAAUUACUGCCCUAAUAAAAACUGCAAUACUGAUCUCGAAAAAAUUACGGUUGGAUUUUUAUGGUUACUUGGAAAAUAUUAUUCUAUAUCCCAAAAUAGAAGUUAUAAUGAAAAUAAUACUAAUCCAUUUUUUCUAUAUAUGAUUUCAUGGUUUAGUUACAAAUUAAGUCAAAUCACAGGGCACGAUUCCACCACAAUAAACGAUUUUUAUAAUAAAAAUAUAAUAAAUAAUGAUAAAUAUGAAAAAUUUAUAAGUGAUUCCAGUAAAUUUACAAAACUUAAUGAAGAAUUAAAUACAAAAAGUGAUUUUUUGAAUAUUAAUAUUGAAGAUCUGUCUAAAUUUUAUGAUGCAUUUAAACUAUUAUGUAGUAUGCAUGAUAAAGUUGCAAGGAAUCAAACAGGCGACAUACUGUUAAAUAAUGCUACUAGUUUUGUUGAGAAAUAUACAGAGCUAAACAAUAGAUAUAAUAAUGGUAUCCCACAUACUAAAAUAUUGUCUGUUUUAUUAACUGGUUAUAAUAAUUUAAAAAAUGAUCAUACAUAUUUUCCAUCCAUUCUAACAAUAGAACAAAAACAUCAUGUACAAAGUUCUGGAGGUAAUUAUGGACAAAGUUCUGAACUAAUUUCUGAAAUUACAUCAAGUUCGUCGAUAGGAAACAAAUUAUUUACAGUUUUAUCGAUAUUUGGUGCAAUAGCAUUUUUUUUAGGAAUUUCUUAUAAGUAUUCGUUAUUUGGAUUUCGGAAACGAGUUCAAAAACAACAUUUAAGAGGAACGUUAAAAAAUAUAAAGAAGAAAAUGAAUUAUUAA